CCUUAGCCUCACAUUCACAUAGCCGGUGACCAGAGAGGAGCACACAGAGCGGUCAGUUAGUAAGCAAUCAGUCACUGAGGCAGUAGAUUAAAGAACCGCUGAGUGUAAAACAAGGCUGAGAAGAGGAGAAAUACACUUCCUGUUUACUUUGUCUUUUUUUUUUUGUAAGUGUUUUUUUUUUUUCCUGAAAGAGGAGUUGGUUUUGUCAGUUUGACAGGGACCUUGAGAGCACAAGAUAAGAGGAGAGGAAGAAAGCUAGCUAAGAAGACCGCCACUUUUCUCUUUACUCGAAAACCAUGCUGCUCCUGGACGAAUCCGAGUCAUUUGCAGACCAGUCCCACAGUGUCCCCUUCAGCUCCGAGAAUGAGGCUCAGGGAGGCGACUCGGCCGUGUGGCAGUGUACCCCACCCCCAUCUACCUCACAGUCAGGGGGGACGCCGGCCCGCCCUCCUCCCUCCCAGCCCGCGUCCAGACCCCGCUCGAGGCCGGCCAGCCAAAGCCCCUCUUCUCCCUCCGCCCUGACAGGAGCCAAGAAGAGAAGCUCCAAACCAGCACACGUGAGACGCAACAUCAGGAAGUUACUGAGGGAGCAUCAGUUAGAGGCAGUGACCAAAGCCGCCCAGCAGGACGAGUUGGAGAGGAGGCAACGUCUAGAGCAGCCGAGCAAACCUGAUUUCCCCGUACCACUGCUGCCUGAAUACACAACUGGAGAUGUGACAAAGCAUGUGUCGGCAUCAACGGCAUCGCAGCACGAAGUGAAGUCGGUCAGACAGGAAGUGAUCUGCCUGGACUCCAGCAGCACUGGCAUCAGCGAGGACGACUGCAAGACUAACGUACCCACCUCCGUAGCCAAAGAGCACACACGAAAAUCAGAUGUGAUCAAUCUGAGCUCGGACGAGGAUGACUCCAUCGAGGUAGAAGAGAGCGAGCAGAGCGGUGCGCACGUCAACGACGCCCUUAACCGAGCGGACAGCCAGGGCAGGGUGCUGGUCAACCUGAACCAUCCAGCUGCAGAGGACGACAUUUUCCUAUCAGCUCAGCUGGCUCGAGCAGUCAAACCUCACCAGAUCGGUGGAAUCCGUUUCCUGUACGACAACCUGGUGGAGUCGUUGGAGCGGUUCGGCAGCAGCAGCGGAUUCGGCUGCAUCCUCGCUCACAGCAUGGGCCUGGGCAAAACGCUGCAAGUCAUUUCUUUCAUCGACGUCCUGUUCCGGCACACCCAGGCUCACACCGUGCUCGCCAUUGUACCUGUGAACACACUGCAGAACUGGCUGUCAGAGUUCAACAUGUGGGUCCCGCCCCUGGAGGCGUUACCUCCAGAUACAGACCCAGAAUUGGUUACGCCUCGUGCCUUUAAGGUUCACAUCCUCAACGACGAACACAAGAACACAACGUCCAGAGCCAAGGUGGUGGAGGACUGGGCUCGGGACGGAGGGGUGCUGCUGAUGGGCUACGAGAUGUACCGCCUCCUGUCGCUGAAGAAGAGCUUUGUGGCCGGGAGGAAAAAGAAGACCAAGAAAACAACGGGGCCAGUUGUCAUCGACCUGGAUGAAGAGGACAGGCAGCAGGAACUGCUCAAAGCUAUUGAGAGAGCCUUGGCCCGGCCUGGUCCAGACGUGGUGAUCUGUGAUGAAGGCCAUCGCAUCAAGAACUGCCACGCCAGCACAUCACAGGCUCUGAAGAACAUCCGAACCCGACGCCGCGUGGUGCUGACUGGCUAUCCGCUCCAGAACAACCUCAUCGAGUACUGGUGCAUGGUCGACUUUGUCCGACCAGACUUCCUAGGUACACGGCAGGAAUUCAGUAACAUGUUUGAGCGUCCCAUUCUUAAUGGGCAGUGUGUGGACAGCACGCCUCAGGACGUCCGGCUGAUGCGGUACAGGAGCCACGUCCUGCAUAGCCUGCUGGAGGGCUUCGUCCAGAGGCGAGGUCAUGACGUCCUGAAAGACCAGCUGCCCUCUAAAGAGGAACAUGUGAUCCUGGUCCGUCUGUCUCCCCUGCAGAGGGCACUCUACACAGAGUUCAUGAACCGCUUCAAAGAGGCAGGAAACUCCGGCUGGCUCAGCCUCAACCCACUGAAAGCUUUCUGCGUCUGCUGCAAGAUUUGGAACCAUCCAGACGUGCUGUACGAGGCCUUACAGAAGGAAAACCUGGCCAGUGACCAGGACUUGGACCUUGAUGAAAUCACUUCCACAGGUCCUGCCCGGUGUCCAACCACACCCAAUCAAAAGUCCAAGCGUCUGGAGAACCCUAACACCAUUGGUGGAUUGAGUCUCAACCAGCUGCAGGAGAAAGCCAAUCAGGUCAUCACUUAUGAAUGGGCAAAGGACAUCAUGUAUGACUACAAGCCAGGCCUACUGGAGAACUCCGCAAAAAUGGUGCUGCUGUUCCAUCUGAUAGAGGAGAGCGUCAGGAAGGGAGACAAAAUCCUCGUCUUCAGCCAGAGUCUGUCCACACUGACGGUGAUUGAGGAUUUUCUGGCUAAGAGACCAGUGCCUCCCUCGCCCAACACGUCCAGCAGAGACAAACCCAACCAGAACUGGGUCCGCAACCUCAACUACUACAGACUGGAUGGAAGUACAACAGCCUCAGAGAGAGAGAGACUGAUAAACCAGUUCAACGAUCCGUCCAACACCUCAGCAUGGGUCUUUCUGCUGUCAACCAGGGCUGGUUGUCUGGGCGUAAACCUGAUUGGGGCGAACCGUGUGGUGGUGUUUGACGCCUCCUGGAACCCAUGCCAUGAUGCCCAAGCAGUGUGCCGCGUCUAUCGCUACGGGCAGAGGAAGCCAUGUCAUAUCUACCGGCUGGUUUGCGACUACACGCUGGAGAAGAAGAUCUAUGACCGUCAGAUCUCCAAACAGGGCAUGUCAGACCGGGUGGUUGAUGACUUAAACCCUGUGUUGAACUUCACCAAGAGGGAAGUGGAGUCUCUUCUUCACUUCGUAGAGGAGGAGCCUGACCGGUCACAGGUCCAGCUGCAGCCCCACGACAGCAUGGAGAGCGUCCUCAGGAAGGCUCUGCUCCUCUAUCCGCACCAGGUUACUAAGCAACCAUUCCCCCACGAGUCGCUGCUGAUAGACCGCAGGGAGCUGAAGCUGAGCAAGGCUGAGAAGAAAGCAGCAAAGAAAGGUUACGAAGAGGAGAAGAGGGCGUCUGUGCCAUACACUCGCCCUUCCUACGCUCACUACUACCCCGCCAGUGACCAGAGCCUCACUAACAUCCCCGCCUUCAGUCAGAGGAACUGGCGACCACCUCCGCGUACUGAAGAGAAGCCCGGGGCCGCCGUCCGGCCAGCCCAGUCAACUCCAGUUCCCAUGACGCCCCGUCAGGCGUCUGCAGGCUCCGACCCAGGCAAUGACUCAUCAGGAUCCAGCCUCGGAGGUUUUCCUAUCAACUGCCUGCAAAAAGCCGGGGUGUUUGUACAGAGGAUCGUCACCACUACUGACAUCGUGAUUCCAGGCACCAACAGCUCAAAAGAUGUCCAGGCCAGGAUCACUGCUGGAGAGAGCAUCCACAUUAUCAGAGGCACCAAAGGGACUUACAUCAGGUCGUCCGAUGGUCGGAUCUUUGCCAUCAGAGCUGCUAAUAAGUCCAAGACUGCAGGGGAGAGUUCCACAGCACCACCCAAAGACUCCCAGGCUAUACCAGAGGAAGUGUCAAACAAAGGCAGUAACGGUUGCCUGUCACCUGACAGGAAGCAGCAGGUACCCUUCAAGACUGCACCCCGCCCUCUUUCACCUGACGGCCCAGAGAUCAUCAGCGAGUUGCAGCGCUACACAGGUAGCACUGGAGCUGGCCCCGCCGCAGGCUCUGGAGCUCAGCCAGAGAGGGCAGCAGAGAGCAACACGAACAACCUGCCGUCCACCAAACCGGUUCAGACCAAUGGCAGCAGUGGGAGCAGUUUUUCUCCUGAAAAUAUGAGCAACCAUGAUGCCUCUGUGAUUAGUGUACUCCAGCCCAACAUGGACAUCACUGCUGCCCAAGACCUGAGAACAGGUUCCAAGCGCAAUGCUUCUACCCCACCCCUGGAUGAGCGGCCCAGUAAGCAGCCCUCUGCAGGCAAACACUCCUCAGCCCCCCUGGCCACUCAAGGCUUCCCCUUCACCGGGGGCUACGGCCUCCCUCCUCUCAGCCUCAACCCCGGCAUGUUGGGUGGAUCACUGGACCACCCACUCUUCAUGGGGGCAGGCUCGCCUUACUUCCAGCCCCCCCACACUCAACUGGGGGACCCCAGUUACAUGUACCCAGAUCUGUUCAGCUUUGGCGGAGCCAGCGCAGACCCCACCUCCUCCUCUUCCUGCUCAACAACCACUGCGGCUGCCGUUUCAUCUUCCUCCUCAUCAUCUUCUGCAUCAGUCAAAGCUGCCAGUUCCGUUCCAGGAGCCCUGCCACCAUUUAUGCUUUGCCCCAGCAUGGUGGGCAUGGCUGGGAUGCUCCCAGCAGGCUUCCCUCUGUCUUACAGUCAGUCUAUGGCUAGCCUCUACACAGGCUCCAUGCUCCCUGGAGGGCUACCGGGUCCAGCCGCCACUCCUGGUCCAGCUGGAGCCAGCUUCCUCUCCCAGUAUCCUCCCACUGCUGCCUCCAGUUCCUCCUCAUCUUCUCCUUCAUCCUUUUCCCCUUCGGCGCGGUCUGAGGGCUGCCGGGGCCCGGUGCUCAUUAACUGCGGGAUUGUCAGCAGCUCCAGCAGCUCUAGCAGUUCUGAUGAUGAUGAUGAUGUAAUUGAGGUGAGGGGACAGUGACAGACGAAUGAUGAAAUUGUUUGAGUACGCUUGAUUCAAUUUAGAACUCAUCAAAAUAGGAUGUCCUCCUGUUUUCCUGGCUUCAAAGGGCCCGUGCCCGAGGCCGUGAGGAAAACUGACAAAAAGCCAACUGACAUGGUGACAACUGAGCCCCUGCAAAAGUGUUUCCUCUGUUUGUCUCCAAAGCCUUGGAGAAACAGUCAGAAUGGGGAUUGAAGAAAGACUGGACACGAGCUACAAAUUGUAAUGCUGACUGUCAGAAGAUGAAACCAGGGGAAGAAUAAAAUGAAAAUAAGAGGACUUUGGGCUUCCAAGUUUUUGUGAAAAACUGGCAUUGAAAUACUAAUCACUGGACUGAGAACUGCUGAGUGUGGGCCUGUAGUGACCACAAAUGGCCACUAGUUGUAGUGUUUACUUUAGAGCUUCUAGUUCUGCAGCUUUGCAAAAUGUCAAGACUUUUUGCUCUUUUUUUCAGCUAAUCAAAAAGAUGACAGUAGCGUGGAUUUGCUUAAAAAAAAAAAGAUUUGAAAAAUUAGUAAGCUGGUAGAAAUGUUUAUUAAAUAUCAGUAACUGAAAUGGUAUUCUUUGUUAGUUGUUAAAUAUUGCUACUGACUAUUUUCUUCAAAUGGUAAAAAGAAAAGGUAAAGAAGAUCAAACUCGACUUAAAAAAA